AUGGCAGCUGCGAAGGAUAACAAAAGGAACCCGGAGCCAGUCAUGAUUUGCUUGUCUAUCCCCUGUUCUUCAAGCUGGAAAUCAGUUCAAUGUUUUGCCCUUGAGUUCUACAGGCCUGCUGCAUUGCUAAUCCAAAAAAUCACAAACACAGAAUUUGGUAUAGGUGAAUUGGGUGGUAAGCUGGCAACCAUGGAUAUGAUGCUUGCAACAGUGGCACUUGUCCUAUGGCUAUCAAGAGAUUUAGUCGAAGCAGCUCCACCAAUGGCAAAACCUGGUUGUCCAGAUAAGUGUGGAAAUGUUACUAUUCCGUAUCCAUUUGGUAUUGGUUCAAGGUGCUAUUAUAGUGAAUGGUAUGAAAUUACAUGUAACACUUCAAUUCCAGUUCUUACCAAAUUCAAUUUUCAGGUGCUAAAAAUUUCCUUAAAGUCGCCAGAAGUGACAAUUAAUGCUUCCAUGGCUGUUAACUGUAAUGGACAAGCUACAACAUGGACGAGUGCUAACUUGGGUGGAAGCCCAUAUAGUUUCUCCUCCAUUUACAAUGAUUUUGCUCCUAUAAAUUGUGUAGGGACUUCUUUUUUCAAUGUUGGGGACAAGGUAGUGGCUCGUUGUGGAUCAGUUUGUAAUAGUAAAAUCAGGGGCAAUUCGACAUCCCAGAAAUCGAUUUGCUUAUCUGGUCUCCCCUAUCCCCUGAGUGUUUACAGUGUUAACAUCACUCUAACUAAUGGGACUUGCAGCUAUGUCUUAUUAGCAAACCGUGAUUUCUUGAAUUAUCUUUUAUUAUCUAACCCUCAGCAUUCACUAUUGUCCCUAGUUAGCAGUGGAAGUCAUAUACCGGUUAAUCUUGAUUGGAAAUAUUUUUAUUUACCUGAUCAAUCAUCAAAUGAUUCCGGUUCUGGAAAUUGUUACAUGCAUCAAGCUAAUGGUGAUUACACAUGUAGCUGCCUGCAACGACAAGGUGGUAAUCCUUAUCUUCCUAACGGAUGCCAAGAGUCGCCACGAUGUGCAAGCUGCAAAGGUGAUUGUUACAUCACUUCUGAUGAUUAUAUGGAUGCUAGGUGUUUUAUAACUAAAAAGAGCAGGAACCUUCUGGGAGUUGUGCUAGGAUUGAGUAUUGGUGUAGGAUCAUUAUUGGUGUCUGUAGGUUGCUAUUGGUUGUGGCAGAUUUUGAAGAGAAGGAAGAAGAUAAAACUAAGAGCUAAGAACUUCAAACAAAAUGGUGGUUUGCUUUUACAAAGACAAAUGUGUUACAAUGAUUGUGUUGUGGAGAAAACAAAAGUUUUUACUGUCAGCGAAUUAGAGGUAGCCACAGAUAAUUUCAAUGAGAACAGAAUACUUGGGUAG